UUUUGUUGGGUUUAUGUCAUGCGGGACCCACCCGCGUGGGAGUCCUGCUUCCCCCGGUGCACUCCACACUGUAACACUGCCCACACUCAAAACUCUCUGUCACUCCAUAUCACUUUUCUCCCGAACUCCUCAAAACUCUUUCCCCCUCUCCCAACUCUCUCGUCUUCCCCGUUGCACACCCCAAAAAUACAGACGGCGGUGGAGCCGCCGAUCUCCAGCGAUGGAACAUCCUAAACCACCAUUACGAUACCCCUCUCCUCCCAACAAAACCACAUACUUCCCCUGUUUCCUGAGAAAUUGAAACCGCGAGCUCCGUCGCGACUCUAGUUUUCCCGGCGAUAAUAUCUCCGUUUACGGCGAAGUUUGGAGUCUUAAAGUUCCUUCCCUCUCAGUUAGAAUUACAGUACUGAAGUCAUCGACUCAUCGGUAUCAAAGCAACAUUCUGGUAUUCUUCAAAUAUUUCAAUCAAACGCGUCAUUCCCCAGCUUGCGACGAUGGCAAACGGACUGUCGAGUUAUGACAUAGCCAAGGAUAUGAAGGAUUUUGAGGAAACAAAAGCUGGAGUAAAAGGACUUGUGGACACAGGGCUGACCAAACUCCCCAGGAUGUUCAUCCAGCCAGCAGACAGACUUUCAGAUUUGGCAAUAAAAAAUAUAGAAUUACGAGUUCCUGUCAUAGAUUUUGAGGGCUUUGAUCAAGAUUUCCGGCGUCCGCAGAUUGUGAAGGAGGUUCGUAAAGCAUGCGAAACGUGGGGGUUCUUUCAAAUGGUUAACCAUGGAGUUCCGGAGAAGGCGAUGGAUAAGGCGUUAGAAGGGUCUCGACGAUUUCAUGAGCAGCCGAAGGAGGACAGGAUGGACUGGUAUUCUCGUGACUAUAAUAAAAAAGUGGCAUACUACAGCAGUGUAAAACCGUUGGCAACCAAAGCAGCAGUUUGGAGAGACUCGGUAGGGUUUGAUUUCCUGGACGGUCCAUUGGAUCCUGAGAACAUUCCAUCGGUUUGCAGAGAGGCGGUGCAGGAGUACACCAAACACAUGAAGAACCUGGGAAAUGUACUGUCCGGUUUGCUAUCGGAGGCCUUGGGGCUUAGCGCUGCCUACCUGGAACGCAGAGAGUUCCUGAAGGCUGAAAGUCUGGUGCUCCAUUACUCCCCGAGUUGUCCAGAACCCAAGCUGACCCUCAACACUUCCAGGCAUACAGAUCCUUCCUCGUUUACCGUAGUCUUACAAGACAAAACUGGCGGCCUGCAAGUCCUCCACGAAGGUCAUUGGGUUGAUGUUCCUCCAACUAAAGGAACUCUCGUGGCCAAUGUUGGUGAUCUUCUGCAAUUUAUCUCCAACGGCAAGUUCAAAAGCGUAGUGCAUAGGGUACUGGCAGGAACAGCGGGGCCUAGAGUAUCAGCUGUAUGUUUUUUCUAUCCAAGUGCAACCGAGAGAAUCAAACCCAUUGGACCAAUCAAGGAGAUUCUUUCUGGAGACCAGCCUAUUUACAGGGAAGUAAGCGUUCGUUCGUAUCUUGCUUACUACAGAGCAAAUGGAUUCGAGGGUAAAUCAGUGGUUCCAGAUUUCGAAUUAGCCCCUACGGUUUAAUCCUAUGGUUUAGAUUCGAUUCACCUUAAUCCCUAUGGUUUGUAAACCACUUAAGGAAAUGUGUAUGUUUUGCAACCUUGGACAAUUCCUUCCCAGCACAUCAGACAUGGUAACAAGAGAAGCUUUAAACAUUUACCAUUGCAGUAGUGCGAAAAUGUGGCACCCGAACUCUCUUCGAGCCAUAAACUGGACGCUUACAUGGUAAUGGGCUAUCUGCAGCAGCAUUGUUAUCGAGAAGCUUUCCAGAUCACAAUGUUACGCGUAUUUACAACCAUCUGGCUCUGAAUAGCCCCAAUCAACAAUUCUUGACAAGACAUUCUCUAAAUUGGGGCACAUUUUUUGUCACUUCAGCGGUUAAAAUUUUAAAGAAUAAUAUGAGAAAUGCUAAAGAGUCACUUUCAAAUGAA